GUGACCUCAGCCUGUCGCAGAAGUGGAGCACGCUUCUCCGGUCGCGUUUACGCAAGCCGGCGUGAAAUCAGAACACCACGGUAAAAACGCAAGAGGCCGGCUUGCGGCAUUAACGCUGCGGUUAUUUUAGCACCGGCCAUUAGAAUCCCUUGUUAACGAAGAGAGAUCUUUCUAAAUGGCUGGAAUCCAGGAGCUGUCUCCCGCUGCAGGCCCUGUUGAGACGCGGGCCCCUGAAGACGAGAUCGAAGGAGAUGAUGAGGACGAGGAGCUGGAUGAAACACUGACGGAGAGGCUGUGGGGACUGACUGAGAUGUUUCCAGAGACACUGCGCUCUGCCGCGGAGGUGUCUGUGCAGUGCUCGCUCUCCGUGGCUAAGAAAAUGUACAGCUUCACGCGCUCGGCCCUGUGGGUGGGCACCACCUCUUUUAUGAUCCUGGUUCUGCCUGUGGUCUUUGAGACAGAAAGGCUGCAGCUGGAGCAGCAGCAGCUACAGCAGCAGCGACAGAUACUGUUAGGACCCAACACGGGCAUGUCAGGCGGGAUGCCAGGGAUGAUGCCUCCAGCUCCGGGGAAGAUAUGAGGAGGUCCACCUGUCAGCACAAGGGGUGAGGGAGAACGGAGACAGGGAGGGAGUGAGACAGCACUGGAGGAGGAGAAGAAUGGAAGAGAGUGGAAACUGCUGUGGGUCAGCACACAGGGUCACUCCAACGCCAAUGGUCGAUCUAUAUGCAGGAGGGCAGUAUUUACUUGGACUGCUGAACCUGCCAUCAUUGAACGAUGACCUUCUCCCUCACUGCCUCUGUUACACAACAUCCUGCAGAGACUGACUUGUAACCGCUGUCCUUUAACUUUUUUUUUUUUAAUAGAUAUAUAAAUAUGUAUGUGUUUCAAGGU